GUGAGUAGAGUCAGUCGUGGUACGAACGCGAGAACGGAAUUGUCAUUCGUUUGUUACCAGACGACGAACGUGUUUUCUUUCUUUUUAUUUUUGUAUAUAUUAAAAAAAAAAUAAUAAUAAAAAAAAAUAAAUAAAAAAAAAAAAAUAAAUAAAUAAAAGAAAAAAAGAGAAAAAAAAGAAAAAAAAAAGAAAAGAAAAGAAGUAGAAGAAGAAGAAGAGAAUUUUUGAUUGACGGGCAUGAGGAUGAAAAAAAAUCGGCCGAUCGAAGAAGACGGUGUAAAUGUUUGGUAUCGAAGAAAAUUAAUUACAAGUAUUACGAGAUAGAUAAAGCAGCCGUACUAACACUACGGCGAAGAAGAAAUUAUGUAACGACGAAGUUAUAGUGUCUAAGAAAGAAGGAAGGACGCGUUAGAUCGUUUGAUAAAUAUUAAUUUAUAGAUUUUCCAAUUGUUUAUGAUAAAAAGUUUUGUUGAAAGGAUGCCUGGACGUUCGCGUUCGCUGGUAUUUUUUCUUCUCGUCGUCGUCGUCGUCAUCAUAUCAUCGAUCAUUUGUACAGGAUCAUGCCAAAAUUGUCAAGACACUGCUUGGGAGAAAGUUAGCGGAGCUAGACCUGAGUAUACUAUUUCUAAAGUUGCUUUGUUCAGUGGCGAAGAUGCUCAUGGUAUUGUCAUCCCUUGCUUCGAAAGAUGUAAACGAAUUAAUUGCACUGCCUUCGUGAUCGAUAUCGAUAGAAGUCUCUGUUAUACUGUCGAAGUUGAAGGCGAUGAGUUUGUUCCGGAGUCAAACUCUAUAUUUUAUCAAGAAAUUUGUAUAAAAGUACCUAAAACUUGUAAAAAAAAGAAACUCUGGCAAGUAGAAAGAACAUUGGGUGCUGUUUUACUCGAUGUUGCGUCUGUUUGGUUGCCACAAGCUAUGCGGAGAAAUCGAUGCUAUGAAACGUGUAUUGAUGCAGGUAGUGCCUGUAAAUCAGCACAAUUUCGUACAUCAAAGGCAUUAUCGAUCAAUAAUACAUUAGGAAGAUGUGCCUUAUCGAUGGUCGAAAGAAGUAUUAGGCCACAAGCUUAUAGGGCUUCCAUGUAUAGAGACGAGUACCUGCAACAUCAGUGUCAUGAUAUACUGAAAAUGGAUUAUUGUUCCUAUGCUGAAUUUUCGAAUGUAACUCUGCCAUAUUCAGACCUUGAAUUACCUGGUGUUGACAAACGAGAGUGCGAGAGAAGAUGCGAUCUUGGUGAAGAUGGUUUCAUCUGUAGAAGUUACACAGUUGUAUAUACUUCAAACAAGAAACCAAUUUGUCGGUUACAUUCAGAAGAUACAUUGAGUCUUGGCACCAGUUCACUUGUUAACACACCUAACAGUAUUUAUAAAGAAAGAGAGCCUUGUUUAGACGUUAAGGUACGAUGUAGUGACACGACGUUAACAGUCACUUUGAUUACGAUGGAACCCUUCGAAGGUAGACUCUACGCCAAUGGUUAUGGAAAUGAUUGUGGUAUUCAAGGCACUGGUCGAAAUGUAACAAUAUUAACACUGCCUUUACCAAAAACUGAGGAAUUGGAUAUGUCUAAAAUUCCAUGUGGCUUUACGCCAGCAUUUUCAAUCGAUAAUGAAAAUCGAACAAGGACGAUGAUAUGGGCUACCAUAGUCGUACAGUUCAAUCCUAUUAUUCAAAGACUGGGUGAUCAAGCUGUUAAAGUUGGAUGUACUAUAGGUGAACAUGAUAUUCCACAGCCUAGAAAUGUAUCAGUGGAAUCAAGUUUAAAUUUUGCUGAUCCCAACGCAGGAGUACCGCCAAUUUCAACAAUCGUAAUGAACGCAUCAUCGGAAGUACCAAUGAUAACUAUGAGAAUUUUAAACGAGAAUCAUCAGGAUGCAGUCGUUACGAAGUUGGGAGAAAGGCUGACUCUCAGAAUUGAAAUUAAACCAGCUGAUGGUCCAUAUGAUAUCAUGGCUGGACAUCUAGUAGCUAGUAGUGCAACAGGACAUUGGUCUUAUCUUCUACUUAACGAAAUUGGAUGCCCUACGGAUCCAACAACCUUUCCAGCGUUAUCCAAAGAUCCAAUUGAUAAUCGUUCACUCAUUGCAACUUUUACUGCGUUUAAAUUUCCUGAAAGUCAAUUGGUCAGGUUCAACGUUAUUGUUAAAUUUUGUUUAGAUAAAUGCGAGCCGACACAUUGUGAAGGAAAUCGUGUCUCUUAUGGAAGAAGGAAACGAACGUCGACAGUCGUUGCGUCAACAUCGGAGCCUUAUAUUGCUGCUGAGGUAACUGAAAUUUUCAGGAACAAAACACCAGAUGAACUACCAUUACAACUGUCUAUCAUAGUUCAGAGUCCUGUGAUUUUUGCGGAUCCUCUACUGUCCAGGGAUAAUACUACUCCCGAUACGAUUCUAAUCGCUGGUGGACACUCCAUUGAUGGACUACUCUGCGUAGACGCCGGUUUAGUUUUAGGUUUACUCAUCUUUUGGCUGAUCAUUCAAAUAGUUUUGAUAGCCUCUUGCCUCUUGGCAAUUGGACGAUAUAGAAGAAUGGCUAUAAGAGCGGAAGAAGACAGGGCUGAUAUAUUGGCUAGACAUCUUUAUGGUAUUCAUGGAGGAAACUUUGAAAUUGCUCGAAGGGUCAGAUGGGCUGACAGAAACAAUUCUUCGAUCGAACCAUGAUUUAUUAUAAUGGGCUAAUAUCUUAAAUCACUGCUGCACCUUUUCUUUUCUUAUUUCUUUAUCUAUUUUUCGUUUUUUUACAUUAACCAUACUGACAAUAAUAAUAAUAAUAUUAAUAAUAAUAAUAAUAAUAAUAAUAAUAAUAAUAAUAAUAAAUAAAUAAAUAUUGUAAGAUAUUCAACCGAGAGUUUGUACUUUGUUAUUUUGCAAUUUAUUUCUAUAAAACGAUAUAAUGAUAGUAUACAAUGCAUAUAUAAUAUAACAAUUAAGUUACGAUAUGGCAAAGAUGAAGUCUUAUUAUAAAUGAUCUUGUAUAAUAAAAAUAUGAGAAAAGAUUUAGCUAAAUUUUUUUAUAAUUAUUAACCUAUUAAGGAUGUGUUAAUAAAAAGAAAAAGAGUAGAAAAUAUUAUAAAAUAUGUAUUGCUAAACAGUCUUCCGCAAUAGAUCAUUUCAAUCUUGUAAUAAA